ACAAUAGUAUUCAUAGACGCACGUGUUGUGAACUGGUGCGUCAAAGUUGUGCGGCCUGUUAAGGAAGAUGAGCAGUAACUCAGUUUAAAUAAAAGCGCUCUAUCCAUCUAUGGCAUUUAGUGCGCUUUCGCAACAGUACACACCCGUCUGUCGGAAAAGACACCUGUGCCAAUAAAAAUAUUAAAUUUAAAAAAACAGUGAAAUUAAGAAAACACCAACAAGAAAUCAUUUAGCCAAAGAUCCGCAGCAACUCGACGCUUAUAAGUUGGAGAUGUCGUACGGUGUAGAGAGGUUCUUCCUCCUUUCCUACUGUCUGGCAUGCUGCUGGCCAGGUUUGGGAGCGAAGAGCGAUCUGCGCGUAGUCCGGCAAUGGAAUGAUCUCGACUUCGUGUUCCCGAGCGCAGAAGCUAAACAAUACGCUCAGCAGCAGCGCCAUUAUGUGCCAGGAAACUCCGUGCCAAUUGAUGUCGAUGUACAACAUAGAUCGGGUGGUCUGACGUCACGUAUUUUCGUGUCGAUACCUCGGUUCGAUGAAGGUCGGCCGGUAACACUCGGAACAGUGGACGAGCAAGGCCGCAUCGUGGGCUAUCCUGACUACUCGUGGCAUGAAAACCAGGGCUCAAACUGUCAAGGGCUCACUUCAGUAUUCAGAGUGGCUAUCGACGAAUGCAAUCGGCUGUGGGUAAUGGACGCAGGCAAGAUCGGAGAAACACAGUUUUGCCCGCCUCAACUUCUAGCAUUCGAUCUCUCAACCGACAAACUUAUUUACAGACAUGUCGUUAACACCUCCAGCUAUACCGCAUCAUCACUUUUCAUCACUCCAGUGGUCGACGUCAGAUCUCAUCGCUACGGCGACUGCUCUGAUACUUUUGUGUAUGUUGCUGACGUGAGUGGAUUUGGAGUGCUCGUAGUUGAUGUGGCUGGAGACCGCUCCUGGCGAGCCACUAAUAAAUUAUUCUUCCCGUAUCCCUCUAGAGGAACCUUUACUAUUGAUGGUGAAUCCUUCGACCUUAUGGACGGAGUUCUCGGCAUGGCUCUAUCUCCCUACCGACCGGGAAAGGGCCGCUUGCUUUACUUCCACGCUUUAGCGUCCACCACUGAGAACGUUGUUCGCACUGGAGUAUUGAGAAACGAAUCUUUAUUACACGAUCCUACGGUCAACCCCGGAGAUGUAUUUGUAUUCCCAGAGGAACGCGCAAGUCAGUCAGCAGCUGAAGCCAUGGAUCGCGACGGCAUCCUUUACUUUGGCUACAUGGAUCCUCCAAGCAUUUUGUGCUGGAACACAGCAUCAGAAUUCUCUCCACGUAACUUCCACAAAGUGGCAAUCAAUAGCGAAACAUUGCAGUUUGCAAGCGGAGUUAAAGUCGUAAAUAAUCUUAAAGGCGAACAAGAACUUUGGGUUUUGACAUCAAGUUUCCAAAGAGUCAUGACUGGAAGUCUCAAUUCAAACAAAAUAAAUUUCAGGAUCCACGCUGAGAAAAUCCCUGUUCUGAUGGCUAAUUCACCUUGCAAGACUAACCCAAAAGGUCAAAGCCCAGACUACCAUGCCAAUAUCAUCUAUCAAACCCAUCACCAUCAUCGUCAAUACAAAUAUGGCGCUGUAGCAUUUUUGUAGAGAUCAACGCUUUGUCUGAAAAUUUGCUCCGCGAUUUCAUGUAUAUUUGGCCAUAUAUAUAGUAUAUACAAUACGUUAUAACAAUUUAAUUUAUGAAUUUUAGAUUAAGUAAGUAUAUUUACUAAUUAUAAUGUUACUUAUACUGAUUUCAUAAUUAAAUUGUAUUAUGAUAAAUAUAAAA